AUGGUAACCAACCCAGAUUACAAGGCCAACUUGAGCCUGGAAGCCUUAGCCGACCUCCAAGUCCCCGGAGAUCUUUACAUUUCUCCCGACGCUGCUAAGAUCGUCUACAAACUACAAUAUUUCAGCAAGAAGGGUGAAAAUGCCACCUCCUCAAUCUGGAUAGCCGUGGUUGGCAAAGAAAAAAGUACUCGUCAAUUUACCUCCGGCUUGUUCAGCGAUGAACAGCCAAAGUGGUCUCCAGAUGGAACUUCUCUUGCAUUCAAAUCUGAUCGAGGCCACCUGGGUAAGUCCUCGACCAUAUAUGUGAUGCAAGUAGAUGGAGGCGAACCAUACCCCAUCAUGCCUGACGGUAAUAAGAAACCUAUUGCGGCAUUUGGAGUCCCAACGGUCCGUAUAUCAUUUACCAGCCCAGAUGAGAAGACGGAUGAACAGGUCCACAAGGAGAAGGCAAAAGACGAUGCCACGGUGUGGGGAGAGAACUUGGAACAUCACCGCCUGGAGUUGUCCAUGUAG